AUGACGUCCAUCCUCUCUGCUCUUCUCUGCCUCGGGCUGAGUUUGGACCAGAGGACCCAUGUGCAGGCAGGGACCCUCCCCAACCCCACCAUCUGGGCUGAGCCAGGCCCUGUGAUCCCCUGGGGGAGCUCCAUGACCAUCUGGUGUCAGGGGACCCCAAGGGCUGAGGAGUACCAUCUGUAUAAGGAGGGAAGCACAGCAUCAUGGUACCAGCAGAAGACACUGGAUCCCGGGGACAGAGCCAAGUUCUCCAUCAGACACAUGACAACGCCUGAUGCAGGGAGAUAUCGCUGUUCCUAUCACAGUCCCAGGGGCUGGUCAGAGCGCAGUGACCCCCUGGAGCUGGUGGUGACAGGAGCCUACAGCAAACCGAGCCUCUCAGCCCUGCCCAGCCCUGUCGUGACCUCAGGAGGGAACGUGACCCUCCAGUGUGGCUCAGGGCAGGGGUUUCACAGGUUCAUUCUGACUAAGGAAGGAGAUGACAGGCUCUCCUGGACCCUGGACUCAGAGCCACAGCCCAGGGGGCAGUUCCAGGCCCUGUUCCCUUUGGGCCCUGUGAGCCCUACACAGAGGUGGAGGUUCAGAUGCUAUGGCUGCUACAGGAACAGAUCCAAUGUGUGUUCACUCCUCAGUGAGGCCCUGGAGCUCCUGGUUCCAGGUGAGUCUGGGAAGCCCUCCCUGCUGAGCCAGCAGGGCCCCAUCGUGGCCUCUGGACAGAGCCUGACCCUCCAGUGUCGCUCUGAUGUUGGCUAUGACAGAUUUGCUCUGCACAAGGAGUUGGGACAGGACCUCCGUGAGAGCCUUGUCCUGCAGCCCCAGGCUGGGCUCUCUCAGGCGCACUUCCCCCUGAACACUGAUAGCAGCUCCCAUGGGGGCCGGUACAGAUGCUAUGGUGGAUACAACCUCUCCUCCCAGUGGUCGGCUCCCAGUGACCCCCUGGACAUCCUGGUGGCAG